AUGAUGUCCUCUCGCUUCGCCCGCGCUGGCCUGCGUGCCACCCAGCAGUUCUCCGCUCCUCGCACAGCCGCCGUCAACGGCCUGCGGUCCUAUGCCACCCCGGCACAGGAUGUUCGCCCUCCCGUCGCCCUGUUCGGCGUUGAUGGAACCUACGCCACUGCUCUGUACACCGCUUCCUCCAAGUCCUCUGCCCUCGACCAGACCGCUCGUGCCAUCGCAAGCCUCGGCGAGACCCUUCAGGCCGACAAGAAGCUCGGCGCCAUCCUCGGUGCCCCUACCCUGAGCAACGCCGACAAGGCCUCCAUCGUCCAGGAGCUCGCCAAGGUCUCCGGUGACAAGGGUGAAAUCCUCAAGAACUUCCUCGAGACCCUUGCCGAGAACAACCGUCUCGGUGCCCUCGAGGGUGUCUGCGAGAAGUUCGCUACUCUCAUGAGCGCUCACCGCGGUGAGAUCGAGCUCAACAUCACCAGCGCCCAGGAGCUUGACACCAAGACCCUCAACCGUCUCGAGAAGGCCGUCUCCAAGUCUGAGUUCAGCCAGGGCAAGAAGCUCAAGGUUGUUGCCAACGUCAACCCCGACCUCCUCGGUGGUCUCGUCGUUGAAGUCGGUGGCCGCUCCAUCGACCUGAGCGUCUCCUCCAAGAUCGCCAAGAUGAACAAGGCUCUCACCGAUGCUUUGUAA